AUGGCGGACGAGAAGAUGAGGAUUCGUCUUUUGUUUGAGGAUCAACGGAUUUUGAGUAAGAACCAGAAGAAGCAAGGUCUAAAGCGGAGCUGGGUUGUUCUGAAUCCUAAAUCUCAGCCAACGGUUUCAGAGUUUUCCGAUCAUCUCCUUCACACAUUCAGCCUCUAUGAAGCUUGUCCUCAUGGCCUCUCUCUAUCUAUGGAAGGGUUUGUUUUACCGCCAUUUGAGUCGAGCUGUGUAUUGAAGGAUAAAGAUAUCGUUUGUGUUAAGAAGAAGAAGGAAACUUUGUUGGAGAUUGUUGGGGAAGACAGCGAGGACAGUGUUGACAACGGGAUUGAGGUUGAGGACAGGCCUCGGAUUCUUCCUGGUCAAAUACUUCUUGCUAAUGAGGAAUUCCAGAAGGAGACUGGAGGAUACGAAAGUGAGUCUGAGGAAGAUGAGGUUGAAGAGAAAGUGGAAGAGAUUGUGCCAGAGAAGAAGACAUCGAAGAAACGUAAAGCUUCAAGCAAAAGCCUAACCCCCAAGAGGAAGAAGUGUAAGUUAGCUGCUACUGAAGAAAGUCCCGUGGAACAAGAAAACGCAGCUGUGGUACAAAGCAAAGUUGCAAAGAAGAGGAAAACAUUGGAUGAACAGAGAACUGAAAAUGAUGAACAGAAUGAUGCUAAUGCCAAGUCUAUGACCAAGUCAAAGAGGUCCUCGCAACCAGAAGAGAGCAAAGAGCCUAACGAACUGUGCAACAUUUCUGCUGAAGCUAUAAAGAUACCUAGCAGGAGUGCUAGGCGGAAAAAAGCUAAACGGCAAUGGCUGAGAGAAAAGACAAAACAAGAGAAGGAAGAGCUUCUACAGAAGCAGUUGGCUGUAGCACCCAGCCAAAAACCAGCGAUCACUAUAGAUUACCAAGUAACAGAGGAAAAUCACUGUGAAGCUCUUGAAAGUCAACAGCCAGAUGAACAUGGUGAUGCUGACGGGGAUGAAGUGGUUCGUGUGGAAGUGAGGCCAGGCCAUAUUCGCUUUAAGCCGCUCGCUGAAUCAGAUGAAGCUUCCCCUGAAAGUGAACCUCCUAAGGAAAAUUUCUUGUGGAAUGGAAACAUGACAAAGAAGAAAGGCCAAAAAUGGGGCACCGAGAAGACAGGAUUUUCCAAACGAUAUGCUCAGGAUAUCGAUGAAGAUAUCUAUGAGGAAGAGGAACACACUGCUGAAGCAGAGACAUCUGCAAAUGGUCAGAUCGACUAUGAAAAGCUUGUGCCUUACAGUGGCUCAGUAAAGGAAGGAGAUGUUAUCGCGUACCGCCUCAUUGAGCUAACAUCAUCUUGGACACCCGAAAUGUCCUCCUUCCGGGUUGGAAAGAUAAGCCACUAUGAUACAGCCUCCAAGAUGGUGACUUUGAUCCCUGUUCAAGAAUAUCCAAUCGAGAAGAAGAUCGAAGAAGACGACGACGACGAUUCCUCAAUGCAACCUGAUACAUCACUUUACAAAGAAGACGGAUCCUUGGAGAUAGAGUUCUCUGCUCUGCUCGAGGUCCGUUGCAUCAAAACUAGCAGCUCAGAUUCCGCAGAAGUCGCCAAGUCAGCACCGCCCAAGCCUGACCAAACAGCUACAAAUCUAAAGCCGAGCACAAACAACGGUUCUCAAACCCCUGUGAAAGAAAAUGGAAAGUCUAAUAACCCUUGGGAAGAGCUAAGUGCGGCUGUAAGUGCCAAGAAAGCAGAGUUGUCUCAGGCCAACAAUGGCUGGAACAAGAAAGGGAGUUCAAAUGGAGGAUCAUGGUCUUACAAGGCACUGCGAGGAAGCGCCAUGGGUCCUGUAAUGAAUUAUCUAAGACAAGAGAAGAGAACACCAUUUUGCUUUGAUGCUGUGAAAGGCAUUGCUAAGUUUCUAUUCGGGUAA